GGCUACUGGACCUGUUGAAACCCACUUCGCGUCCCUGCUGCUAGGCAGCUGGACGCGCCGAGGCUGCGAGAACCGCCGCUGGAAACUUGCGGGGUGGAGAGGGACCACCCUGGGCUGCGACAGGCGCCCCGUCUGCGGCGAUCGAGGGCUGGGCUGCGCGAGGUGGGCUCUCUCUCCGCAGCUGGUGGCCGAGCGCCAGGUGCGAGCCAGGUGCUGGAGCCGCUACUCUGGGAAAAGCACGUGUCCGCAUUUUAGGGACCGCUAGGCCGGUGUUUCCCUGUAAGCCCCCGAGUCUUUGAGAACCUUAUAAUGUCCCUUUGUGCCUCUUCUCACAAAGAGUUUCCUCAGCUGUUACCUAUUCAAGACAUGGAUAUCAAAAACUCACCAUCUAGCCUUAACUGUCCUGCCUCCUACAACUGCAGUCAACCCAUCCUACCCCUGGAGCAUGGCCCCAUAUAUAUACCGUCCUCCUACGUGGAGAGCUGCCAUGAAUAUUCAGCCAUGACAUUCUAUAGCCCUACUGUGAUGAAUUACGGUAUUCCCAGCAGUGCCAGUGACUCCGAAGGUGGACCUGGUCGACAGACCACAAGCCCAAAUGUGUUGUGGCCAACCCCUGGACACCUCUCUCCCUUAGCGAUCCAUUGCCAGUCGUCGCUUCUGUAUGCAGAACCUCAAAAGAGUCCUUGGUGUGAAGCAAGGUCGCUAGAACCCACCUUACCUGUACACAGAGAGACACUGAAAAGGAAGGUUAGUGGGAGCAGUUGUGCCAGCCCUGUUACUAGUCCAAGUUCAAAGAGAGAUGCCCACUUCUGUGCGGUCUGCAGCGAUUACGCAUCUGGAUAUCACUAUGGAGUCUGGUCGUGUGAAGGAUGUAAGGCCUUUUUUAAAAGAAGCAUUCAAGGACAUAACGAUUAUAUUUGCCCAGCGACGAAUCAGUGCACGAUAGAUAAGAACAGGCGCAAAAGCUGCCAGGCCUGCCGACUUCGGAAGUGCUAUGAGGUCGGGAUGGUGAAGUGUGGCUCCCGGAGGGAAAGGUGUGGCUACCGUGUCGUGCGAAGGCAGAAGAGCUCCGAGGAGCAGCUGCGCUGCGCCAGCAAAGCCAAGAAAGCCGGGGGCCACGUGACCCGCGUGAAGGAGCUGCUGCUGAGCGCCCUGAGCCCCGAGCAGCUGGUGCUCACGCUCCUGGAGGCGGAGCCGCCGCACGUGCUGGUGAGCCGCCCCAGCACCCCCUUCACCGAGGCCUCCAUGAUGAUGUCCCUGACCAAGCUGGCCGACAAGGAGCUGGUGCACAUGAUCGGUUGGGCCAAGAAAAUCCCAGGCUUUGUGGAGCUCAGCCUGUAUGACCAAGUGCGCCUCCUGGAGAGCUGCUGGAUGGAGGUGCUGAUGGUGGGGCUCAUGUGGCGCUCCAUUGACCACCCCGGCAAGCUCAUCUUUGCUCCAGACCUCAUUCUGGACAGGGAUGAAGGGAAAUGUGUAGAAGGAAUUCUGGAAAUCUUCGACAUGCUCUUGGCAACGACUUCAAGGUUCCGUGAGUUAAAACUCCAACACAAAGAGUAUCUCUGUGUCAAGGCCAUGGUCCUCCUCAACUCCAGUAUGCACCCGUUAGCUGCAGCAAGCCAGGAGGCUGACAGCAGCCAGAAGCUGACUCACUUACUGAACGCCGUGACCGAUGCUCUGGUCUGGGUGAUUGCCAAGAGCGGGAUUCCCUCCCAGCAGCAGCCAGUCCGCCUGGCUAACCUCCUGAUGCUCCUUUCUCACGUCAGACACGCCAGUAACAAGGGCAUGGAACACCUGCUCAACAUGAAGUGCAAAAACGUGGUCCCAGUCUACGACCUGCUGCUGGAGAUGCUGAAUGCCCACACACUUCGCGGGCACAAGUCCUUGGUCACAGGGUCCGAGUGCAGCCCGGCAGAGGAGAGUAAGAGCAAAGAGGGCUUCCAGAACCUCCAGUCUCCUCAGUGAUGCCCAUCCUGGGGCGAACAGGCCACAGAGGAGGUCAGAGGCUGAAGUGUGAACCCCAAAUGCAAACCGCGAGCUCCAUCUGGAAGUAGGCGGGCUUCAUCGUCUUUCUCCUGCGUGGUCCCUCAUUGGGUCAUGGUAGGCUCAGCCAUGUGCUGUCCUUCACCUGACCUCUCCACUUCCCAGGAGUCAGGCUGAGAAAACUAGGGAGCAUGUUUGAAAGCAGAGUUUACCUCUCGCUUGGCCUCAUAGAAUCUCAGUGCAGUUCCUUUCUUACUUUCCAUCUCCCUUCUGUUCCUCUGGGAAACAUCCUGAAGGUUUUGGAAUGAAUGGUGGAAAUCUGACGUGGAAGGUUUAUAAGGUAGAGAGGGAGAGAAUGAGGCACUUUAAAGAAGUGGACUAACCUUUAAAGAAAAAAUUUUUUAAAUGUUUAUUAUUAUUUUUUUUUGAGAGAGAGAGUGAGAGCAGGGGAGGGGCAGAGAGAGAGGGAGACACAGAAUCUGAAGCAGGUUCCAGGCUCUGAGCUGUCAGCACAGAGCCCUACGUGGGGCUGGAACUCACAAACCAUGAGAUCAUGACCUGAGCCGAAGUCGGAUGCUUAACCAACUGAGCCACCCAGGCGCCCCAAGAAGCGGACUAACCUUUAUUGUGCCACCUAACCUGCCCUUAGAUAGGCAUUUGUUUGCCCUCUUCCGGGCUACUUGAUUAUAGGAUUGAAAACCAAACAAUGAAUGAAUGAACUAGCUCUACAAACCUGCUUCACAAAUCUGUGAGGACUAAGGCCGUGUAUCACUAUUACCAUUGAAGGCCAGAGGGAUUGCAACCUGGGGAGCCGGUGGUCAGGCUGGGAAGUGAGCCACGUUCUCCACCCCCACGCCCCCCCCCCCCCCACCGCCGCACUUGACCUUGAUGCCAUCUUCAUAGAGGUUCAUUCCUCUUGGUUUGCAUUCAUAGAGCCUGCUAAUUAUUUGGGGUGCAUGUGUGUUUGUGAUCACUUUCAUGGAGGAUUGUAGAGAUUUAAAUCUAACUGCCCCUGGAAUUUUCCUUCCUCAAAACUCUUUUGUCCCAGGUGCCCAGUGUGUGCGGGAGAAAGGCCCAGUGUUUGCAGGAAUGGGUUUCUCUUGUGGGUUUGGGUCACAGCCACAGUGCUUCCCUGGGACAUCCACAAUUGUCACAUCAGCCAUCCAUAGACAGGGACACAUCAGGCUGUGUGUGCAAGGCAUGCUGUUCCGUGGAAAGAUGAAUGGCUACAGACACACCGGUAUGUCGGGUUCAUGGCCACAGUGUAGAUUUGGUGAGCAUUACCACCUGAACAACCCUGGUCUGCAAACUCUACUUAAAAAAAAAAAAAAAAAAAAUAUAUAUAUAUAUAUAUAUAUAUAUAUAUAUAUAUAUAUAUAUAUAUAUAUAUUUAGGGAUAUUUAUAGCAAGAAUUUUUUUACAUCCUACGGCUCUUUUGAACUGUUUUCUUAUCAGAACAUUUCUAUGGUGAGUGUGGGGGGGGGCACUUCGUAAACUAUUAGUUCCUAUUUCAAGUGGAACAUAAAUAGGACGAGGUGAUAAAGCACCUCUGAAAUUACAAUUUUAACUCACUUUUUCAUAACGGAAACCUUCAGGAACAUGGUGAAUGCGUAAAAUGAGUUACAUCUGUACCUUGAAAGUGAGCAGUUAAAUAAUCAUGUAUGAUUUUUUUGAUGAUGUUUUAAAAAAUUACCUUGUGAGAGGAGAUUAAACUCAUUCUUUUUUUGAAAAUAGGUUUACUUUGCUAGCACACUCUGUAUUUACUAAGUCAUUAGGAAAAUUAAAUUCAAUGUUGUAAAGGUUGGUUUCUGCUAGGGAGUCCUUGGAUAAUUCUUAAUUUUGGUGCAGUUUUACUGAAAGUUGAGUAGAGCCGUGUCAGAAACACGUGGACACAGACCUAGAGAACAUGCCAUUGUCUGUAGUCUAAGGUGGCUUGAAAUUAUUCCUAGUGGCUCAGUGUUGCAGCCUAGGUGAGAUUUGGUAUAGAUCACAUGGACUGCCUUUUACAGGAACUGGGGAACCAGUGUCAUCCAGAAGGUCAAUUUUCUUUCUUUCUGGGCAGCCUAGAACCCUGAACGUUGAACAGAAGAUAGCAGGUUGGGGAAACCGAAGUGGGAGGCAAAGGAGGCAGUCUUGAACAAGUAUUUACUGAUGAAGUUCUCUCUCUCUGUCUCUCUCUUUUUUCAUGUUUGUUUAUUUUGUGCGUGCGCAUGCGAGAGAGAAAGAGCGCACGCACGCAAGCUGAGGAGGGGCAGAGAGCGAGAGAGACAGAAGAUCUGAAGCAGGCUCCGCGCUGUCGCACAGAGCCCGAUGCAGGGCUUGACCUCACGACACUGUGAGAUCAUGACUUGAGCUGAAGUCAGACGCUUAACUGACUGAGCCACCCAGGUGCCCCUGCUGAUGAAAUGUUCUUAAUUGUACUUACAAAAGAGACUACCAGGUUCAAAAACAAAAACAAAACAGAAUGAGGUCCAAGCCACUGCCACAGAAGCAUGCAGUGACAUUUUUUAGGUUGGAUUUUGCUGCCCAAGGUAGAAACCAGAUUUGUCUCAGGUGUCUAAGCACCUUUCCGUGCCAAACCCUGUGCUUGCCCGGAGGGUGCAUGUGCUUGAGUAAACCCUUCCAGCACCCACUACGCAUCCCCUCAUUAUUCCCACAUGCUUCUUGAGGCUGCUUGCUUCACUGCAUUUAGAUUCAGCCACGAGGGGGAUGUAACACGUUGGUAAUUUCUUCUUGGCUCAGGUUGCCAUUCGGGGGGGGGGGGUUGUGCUGCUGGUACAGGUUAGUCUAGCCUGGGGGGGGCCUCCUCCGUGCAAGGCUGUCUCUUAGAACUGGGAUCUGGGCCAAGUAGGCAGUUGAGAUGACAUGGCGUAUAGUUGAAAAGAGUUCUUCAUUUUGUUUAGAAUAUUUUAGGGCCCUUUCCCCCACUGCAGAUGGAGUGUUUCGAAUCUCUGUGCCCAUCUGCUCCAAACGUGUCCUCUAAAGACACCAGUGUGCAGUUUUUAUGUUUUUGGUAAACUCUCAGUAUCCAUUUUAAAGAUGAAUCAUUUCUCCUUAAUAGUGCUUUCUUUUAAAUGUCAUCUUUUUUUGGGGGGUAUCCAUACCCCUCAAAGUGAUCUAUAGACAACUUUAAAUUCUGCCAUAGCUAAGCCAGGAUUUUGUUGUUUCCAAGAUCAGUUUUCAAAAGGAAUUAACUUGGGGAAAUAGGACCUGAUAAAUGUAAACAGGAAUUAACUUUUGAGUAUCGGAGGGGGGGAAAAAACCCCACCCAGCUACACUUUAUGUAUUAUGGAAAAAUGAUCUUAGCUUUGUCUCACACUCGUGUGGCAAGAUUCUUUUCUUCCAUUUUGAUCUGCAAGUUAUUGUUUAAUGUAAGAAGCUUAUUUGUGGGAGACGAAUGAGAUUUGGGCUUAAUUCCAAAAACACGAGUGUCUCAUACAGAAUCAUACGGCAAAUGUUAAUGAAAUAAUUAACAUGGAAUAUUCUUAACACAGGGAACGUUAGAAGAGAGCAUUUACUCGGAAUCCCGGGAGGGAACUGGCAAUUCCUAGAGAGGACGGUGUGGGAGAGCCUGGGGCUGCACAGUGAGUGUGCACACGUUGUCCUGUGUCCCCCACCCCUCCCCCGUCCCCUCUCUGUGACCUCAGGCCUGUCACAUUCAUACUGUCUACUGGCACCAUUACAGAGGAUUCUACCCUAACAUCAUUUUGAAGAGAUUUUUCUUAAACACUUGAGGUGGGAACGGAAGAUUGUCAGCCUAAUAACAAAUCUAGAGGGUCUCAACUGUAUUAAAAACAAAACAAGGCAAAUCAGCAAAAGUUCUGCAGUGAGACAGUCUUUAUCUGGAUUAUUUCACCUGCCGACUCAGCUAGAAGGCAAUUAUUCUAGAGUUCAGUAAAAAGACAUGAGUUACCAGUUCUUGGCAGAGUGACUUAUAUAAUCAUAUAAGUAAGCUAGGUUGAAGCAAAUCUAGAAUAUUCUAGCAU